AUGUCUCGCAUUAGAAGAAACGAAAUUCCAAAUGUUACUUUAUCUAGAACUGAUUAUGACAAUUAUAGACAAAAAUUUUCAGGUUCUUUACAACAAGGUGUCUCCUUUUCUAAUCAAUUGAAUCUUCAUGAACAAUUAAGGAUUAUUAAAGAUGAAAAUCAUUUUACAAACGAAUUUUUUACGGCUGCGAAAAUUUAUACUAAAAGAAAUUAUAACAAUGAAGUUCAUUGUUAUAAUUUCCUUUUUUGGGUUUCGCCUAACAACUAUAACCCCGACCAUAGCGCUUGUCAAAUUACUAUCGAAGUUGAUAGUGAUUCUUCAUUGUCAGAUUCUGACUCGGAACCCUACACAACUGACGAACAUAUUUUACAACAAUCCAGUUCAUUAAAUGAUGAUGAACAGUUAAUUAAUAGCAAUGAUGAUGAACAGUUAAUUAAUAACAAAGUUCUUAAAGUUCAAACACAAGAUUACAAUCUCUGGAAAAAUGCGAAACUUUUUGAAACAGAAAAUAAUGCGUUGAAAAUAGAAAACUACGCGGAUUCAAAAAAACAAUCAAAGACCUCGAAAACACAAUCAAAGACCUUGAAGCAGAACUCAGAAAUAGAAAUAAAAUUUAAAGCAGAACGUAAAGAACUUGUAACAGAAUUAAAUUUGUUAAAAAACAAAAACGAGGAAGCUGAAAAUAGAAAAAAACAAUUGGAGAAUAAGAUCAACAAGAUAAUUGAAGAUC